GAUACUAUUUAUCUAGUUGAUUAGACAGCUCUGAAUUCAAAUUUGAAAUUGCAGUUAAUAUGGAAGAGGAGUUUUGGAACUCGAUAAAUCUUAUAGCUCCUCCAUUCACGACUUACUCAGUACGGAGAAAGAAUUUUGGAACUGAUCAAUUCAAAAAAUGUCUGGAAAAUGCUAUUGCUUAUUUUGCAGAACAGACAACCUUCUUUGAGGAAGUGAAUCAAAUAUCUCAAAUCAUAUAUUUAGGCAAAAGUCAGUUCCGAAUGAUGAAAGGAUUUCAGGAAAUGAAAAAGACUCAUCAGGCUGCAAUAAGAUUCAAGAGACUCAACAUUGUGGAUAUUUUGGAAGCGUUCAAUAGUUACGUCGCUGACGAUUUCCAAUCAGAAAUUCUGUUACCAUCUAGACAGAAUCUCGAUUAUGUUCUUAUUAAGCUUCAGGGUGUGUCCAAGAUUCUAAUAAGAAUAAUCACCUGUUCGAGAAAGUCAUCAAGAUAUUUUCUAGGCCUAAUAAAAAUGGGAAGUUUUUACAUUAAAGGGUCAAUUUUUGUAUCUACGUUAGCUAAAGUAUGGGAUAUGUCAAGGGAAAUGUGUCAAUAUGCAGUAAAGCUUUAUAACGAUUUGAGGCAGUUUAGAGAUAAAUUACAAGAAAUCAAGAAUUGUGAAUGGAUAGCCAAUAAUUGUGAACUUCCUGAGAAAUUAGAAGACUGGCUAGGAGAUGAAUAUGAAUGCUUUGUGAAUAAUGAGACAUAUGACACGAAAUUGUUAACAAAAUCAGAGGAUAUAGAAAAUUUCAGGAAAGAGAUGCAGCAAGUUACAGAAAUAAUAAAGAACUUAAAAACCAAUGAACAGGAAGAUAAAGUUGAAUCCAAAAGCAUCUCUGAAUUUUUUCCUGUAAAAAUAGAAAAGAUGGAAUUAGAAAUUGAAGAUUAUAAGCCAAUACUUAGGAAUGAAGUCACUCAUUUAGAUUACAAGCAUUCAUUAGCGUCAGUAAGAUCAAAAGAAAAUGUCAAGCUCUUUCUGAAAUUUGAAGACAAAUAUCGCAAACAAGAUCCACAAAAAUCAAUAACGAUCAAAAGACUCAAACAAAAAGCAUGGAAAGAUUUUAAAAAUGACUUUAAAAAUAAAUUGCUAUUGAUGCAAGAAAGUCCACUUCUUGAAUACUUUCACGAUAAUCUUAAUCAUUAUAUGUCCAAUGAAUGAGAAUGAAUAAAAGGCAGUUACGUUUUUAUUCGUUAA